AUGAAUGAAGACAACGCCCGUUUCUGCCUGCUGGCCGGGCUCAUCCUGCUGUACAUGUUGUGCGGGGCAGCCAUCUUCUCAGCCCUGGAGCACCCCUUUGAGCUCCAUGCCCGCCGCCUCUGGAAGCAGCAGCUUGACAACUUCACCCAGAGAUACAGGGUCAACCUGGGGGCCCUGCACACUCUGCUGCGCCAGUACGAGGAGGCAAAUGGAGCUGGGAUCAGAGUGGAUGCGUUGAGGCCCCGCUGGGACUUUUCUGGAGCUUUCUACUUUGUAGGCACAGUAGUUUCCACUAUUGGCUUUGGCAUGACCACGCCAGCGACCAUAGCCGGGAAAAUAUUCCUGAUCUUCUAUGGCCUGAUUGGCUGUGCUGCCACCAUCCUCUUCUUUAACCUCUUCCUAGAGAGGAUCAUCACAAUGUUAGCGUACAUCAUGCGCUGGUGUCAUGAGCGUCGGUUGCGGUGUGCUGGGGUUGGGGUUAUGUCGAGUGGGGAGGAGCAGUCCCGGGAGGAUGACAGCUUAGAAGGUUGGAAACCUUCGGUCUAUUAUGUGAUGCUGAUUUUGGGAGUCGCUUCAAUUGUGAUUGCAUGCAGUGCGUCCACUCUGUACAGCUCCAUGGAGAACUGGAGCUACGUGGACUCCCUUUACUUCUGUUUUGUGGCCUUUAGCACCAUCGGCUUCGGGGACCUGGUAAGCAGCCAGAGACAGCAGUACGAGUCUCAGGAGGCCUACCGGCUCGGGAACUGCCUUUUCAUCUUAAUGGGAGUAUGUUGCAUCUACUCACUUUUUAAUGUCAUUUCUAUAAUCAUCAAGCAAACUCUCAACUGGAUCCUGGGUAAGCUGCCUGUUUCAUCCCAUUGCCCUGCAGGAAGACACCCCUACACAGAUGGCUCAGUGGAGACAGUGUGUGACAGUGAGACAGAUGCUGGUGCAGUGGCCGAUGGGGUUUAUGUAGGCCGCCGACUGUCGGGGGAGAUGAUCUCUGUCAAUGAGUUCAUGGUGUCCAAUAAGGUGUCUCUGGCACUGCUGCAGAAGCAGCUGAGUGAAACAGCUCAUCAGGGCCCACGGCAAAGCUACGGCCAUCAAAAUGGAUUCUCUGGUGGCGUGGGGGCCUUAGCCAUCAUGAAUAAUCGCCUACAGGAAACCAGUGUGGAUAGGUAG